CACUAAUCCAUAGUAAACAAAAAUUUUGUUGUUUAUCAAAGUUGUUUUCUUCUUGGGGACCGAACGGGAUUUGGAAACCAGACAGGACUUGGCCAUGUCGAAGUUGAACGACACCAAGAUUCCAAUCACGGAGUUUCUGGAGGCCUACCGCCGUCAGCCGUGCCUCUACAACUCACUGCUGGACACAUACAAGAACCGAGAAUCCCGAGAAGAGGCUUAUGGGGCGAUAAUCCGUGCCUUGAAGAUCCCCCAACUGACCGUGGUGGACAUUAAACUAAAGAUAAAGAGCGUUCGCACCGUCUACUCCAAGGAGCUGCGCAUAUGGAUGCGGGAGAAGGAGCUGGGCCGGAGCUACGAGCCAAAAUUGUUCUGGUUCAAGCUGGCUGAUUCCUUUCUGCGAUCCGUGUCCCUUUCCCACAGCAAAAAGUCCAAGAACAAGAAUGGAAGUGCUCCGCAGACACCUAUCAAAUCAGAAGCUAUGGUGCCUUCAGUGAAGAUGCUCUUCAACACCACUGCCGAUAUCAGCAUGAGCGAAGAUGCCCUGGAGGAGGAGGAAGAGGAGGAUGAAACAGCAGCGACGACUGAGACUGGGGUCGAAGAAUCAGAGCACCAUGAGCAGGAUACCCAGGAAAAGGCAGCAGAAAGCAACUGCCUCAUAAGCGUGGCCAGUGAAAGGACUGGCCGGGGCAAAUCUGAGCUCAUUAUUGACGAUUGCAUGGUGGAGGAGCCACAGCACCAGCCCCGGCAGCCGCAGCAUAUGAAUCCUCCUCCGUUUGCUCCACAUCCCUCCCUCCAUCAACCCGGCCCGCCAGCACAACGAAAAAUGAAGUACAACCCAACCGGAUGCGAGCCAGCCAGCGAUGAUGAACUGAUGAUCUUCGGCCAGAGCAUCGCCUCCCAGCUGCGCAACAUCACCGACUCCUACUCGAGGUCCGUGGCCAAGCUGCGCAUCCAGCAGGUGCUCUUCGAGGCGGAGACGGGUCACUUUCAGAACGUGGACGCCACCAGUCCGCCACAGCUGCAGCAUACCUUCUAAUCCGUGACGAAGCCGUUUAGUCUAUAGACCUUAGUUCGGAUAUCCGAACUAGAAAAGGGUUUAUGAGCCCUUUUUUUUAGAUUUGUUUUACGCAUUUAGUUAAUUUAUAAUUAAACGCAAUAUAAAU